GGGAAGGGCGGGGCGGACGCGGAGCUGCGGUUAGUCUUGCGCGGCGGUCGCAGGCGCUGAAGGUAUCUCUUGCGGUGUGCCGCGCCGGUGGGCAGUCCCGCCGUAGGAGCAGUAGCUGCUGUGUGAGGGAGCCAUGAAGCACUAUGAGGUGAGAGGUGACAGUAAUAAUCCCAGGAGCAAUCGGGAAAACAGCUACUGCAUCUUGUAAAUAAAUGAGCCUGUUAAUUAAUUCCUGGGAAGAGCAGUCCCUCUCAGCCUGUGAGUCCUGGUCACUGCCCAUUGUCUGCAGCAGGGAGAUCAGAAAGCCUCGUCCUCCUGGGGUCCCUACUGCCCUCAUUUAGGAUGUCCCUGCCUCCGCCUCAAAAAAAAAAAAAGCGCGUAGCUCUGGUGGUGCUCAUCUUGCAAAUAAUCCUGGACCAACAGAGUACCUUGCUUCAGGUGGAGAUUCUGGACGCAAAGACUCGGGAGAAGCUGUGCUUCCUGGACAAGGUGGAGCCCCAUGCCACCAUUGCCGAGAUCAAGAACCUUUUCACUAAGAGCCAUCCACAGUGGUACCCUGCCCGCCAGUCCCUCCGCCUGGAUCCCAAGGGCAAGUCCCUGAAGGACGAAGAUAUUUUACAAAAGCUGCCGGUGGGCACCACAGCCACACUCUACUUCCGGGACCUGGGGGCCCAGAUCAGCUGGGUGACGGUCUUCCUGACAGAAUAUGCCGGCCCUCUCUUCAUCUACCUACUCUUCUACUUCCGGGUUCCCUUCAUCUAUGGCCACAAGUACGACUUCACGUCCAGCAGGCACACAGUGGUGCACCUCGCCUGCAUCUGCCACUCAUUCCACUACGUCAAGCGCUUGCUGGAGACACUCUUCGUGCACCGCUUCUCUCACGGCACCAUGCCCUUGCGCAACAUCUUCAAGAACUGCACCUACUAUUGGGGCUUCGCUGCGUGGAUGGCGUAUUACAUCAACCACCCUCUCUACACGCCCCCCACCUACGGAGCUCAGCAGGUUAAACUGGCACUGGCCAUCUUUGUGAUCUGCCAGCUUGGCAACUUCUCUAUCCACAUGGCUCUGCGGGACCUGCGGCCGGCCGGCUCCAAGACCAGGAAGAUCCCAUACCCUACGAAGAACCCAUUCACGUGGCUCUUCCUGCUGGUGUCCUGUCCCAACUACACCUACGAGGUAGGGUCCUGGAUCGGCUUUGCCAUCAUGACACAGUGCCUCCCAGUGGCCCUCUUCUCCCUGGUGGGCUUCACCCAGAUGACCAUCUGGGCCAAAGGCAAGCACCGCAGCUACCUGAAGGAGUUCCGCGACUACCCGCCCCUGCGCAUGCCCAUCAUCCCCUUCCUGCUCUGAGCUGCUCACCCCGGCCUGGGCUUGGCCAAGCUGGGCACUUGUUCUCCCACUCCUGUGGCAUUCUCGGGGAGUGGGGGCCACCUUCUCCAGCGCCUGGAAUAAAACCUGCCUGCCCCCGCCGGA